CCACUCCUACGGAUCUGGCACUUGUGACUUAACACAGAUGUUCCGUCACUUCCGAAUAAUCAAAAUAAUUUGGGCAUCUGACUCCUCGUGUAUGCCUCAUGUGUCCACAGCUGCGUAAACCCAUUGCCCAAUGAAUCUAGAUCAUCUAGAUAGGCCGAGUUCACACACUGCAGUCAUCGUUAUAAGGCUACAGCAACGCUUCCGAGUCUUCAUCACAUUUACCUUCUCAUGGAUCCUUCAGAGAUAAGACAGAGAAUCGACCGCUUUCGAGCCCUCGUUAUAGGAAGAGCGAAUGCAGGAAAAACUACUAUGUUGCGGAGAGUUUGUAACACACGGGAGAACCCAGACAUAUACAACAGCGCCGGGGAAAAGAUCGAUCCGACAGUUUUGAUGGCAUCCAGAGAGCGCGGAGAACAUGAGAUCGAGAAUGAACUGGUGUUUCGAAACAACCCAGGUUUUAUCUUUCAUGAUUCACGGGGGUUUGAAGCAGGCGGCGAAUCCGAAUUCGACAUGGUUAAGGCAUUUAUCGCGCGCCGUUCUAAGGAAACAAGAUUAAAAGAUCGACUCCAUGUCAUCUGGUACUGUAUCCCAAUGGACCAGGCAUGCAGGUCAUUCACCCAAGGCGAAAUCAAAUUCUUCUCUCAGUGCGACACCAGCAACAAAUCACAAUCCUCAGUUCCAGUGAUAGUAUUGUUCACAAAGUUCGAUGCCCUCUACGAUGAAGCAUACGGUCAGCUGAGAUCGAUGGGAAAAUCGAUGGAGGAGGCUGAAGAACUGGCACCGAAGCACGCGGAAGAGUCAUUUGCUAAUGGGCCACAAUUGAGGUUUCUAUACCACUCCGAAAAAAUUCGACACCCUCCAAAAUGUCAUGCUGAUUUGUUAGACAUGGAUAGGGAAGAUGCAGAUUGCGGGUCACUCAUGGAACGCACGGCUGAAACUCUGGACAAUGAAGUGCUGAAGCAAUUAUUCGUCUCGACCCAGCAGACGAACCUGGAGAUCUGCAUGAAAUAUGCAGUUCAGAUGUAA